AUGUGCUGUUCUCCUUUGAUGAUCCUUCUACUACUCUUCUCCCUGCUGUUGGUGUCUCAUGGAUCUUCAGCAGUCAUCACAGGGGCCUGUGAAAAGGAUUCUCAGUGCGGAGGAGGCAUGUGCUGUGCGGUGAGUUUGUGGAUCCGUACCCUGCGCAUAUGUACACCCAUGGGCCAGGAAGGGGAUGACUGUCACCCUAUGAGCCACAAGGUCCCCUUCUUUGGGAAAAGACUCCACCAUGCUUGCCCUUGUCUGCCCAACCUGUCUUGUAUCACCACAGUUAGUGGCAGAUCCAAAUGUCUCUCACCAUACAAGUAUCAGGACUACUACCUCUAA